CCAGGGGAGCUUGCAGGAGCUUUUCCUGCCUCAUCUGUUGCAAAGCUGCGGGAGAGGUGGCAGCCCAUGCAUCCUGCCAGCUGAAACAGAAGAAACUUUGUGUUAGCUUUACACAGUAUCAGCAGGGAAUGCAUUGAAAUAAGCAAAUGGAAGAAUCUACGGACAACACCGCACGCGUUUUGAAGCCACUUUCUCGUGCGUACCAACAUUUCAUUACGGGACUAUGAGCAAACUUUUCCCGUCGGUGGAACCAGCGCGUUUUAUGAGAAGUUGUUUUUUUAAGUGUCACAUUUAAAUUCAGUGGACUGAACGUUUUAAUGACAGUUUUUGUGCGAUUAUUGAGGACUGCAGACUGAAAAAAAGACGCACCAAUCUGUCCGCUCGAGGUCGAGGAGGAUUGUGGAGACUACUGCAGACAUGAGACCGUUUGUCAUCUGCGUGCUUCUGCUGCUAAAAGUUACUCUUGGAUAUGCCUGUACCAGCAGCCAGUUCACUGAAUCAGGGCAGUGUUGCAGUCUGUGUCCUGCUGGCUUCGGAGUGGAGGUAGAGUGUGGGAAAGAGGAUACCAAGUGCACACCAUGCCCAAAGGGAACGUUUUCCUCAUCCGAAAGCCUUGGCUCUUGCCUUUCCUGUGCAAAGUGCCCACCCAGUGUUCCCAUGAUGGCCUCUUGCUCUGCCACUCAAGACACACAAUGUGAAUGUGACAACGGCUUCUUCUUUUUGAGCAGCUACGGCAUGUGUGCGCCUUGCUCCAAAUGUACUCGUAGUGGAGAGGGUGUAGUCCGGGAGUGUGGCCCACAGGGAGACACACAGUGCCAGAUCUGUGGCCCAGGAACAUUUUCUGAGGAGCGCAUUAGCACCAAACCCUGCCAGGCCUGUACCCAGUGCUCUGACAGCGAGGUGGAGAUCCGACACUGCAUGCCCAACUCUGACACCCUCUGCAUGGAUAGGAAGCUGCACAUUCUGUCUCGUCCUGCUCUGGGUGGGUCUGAUGCUCCUCGCUGGCCAGGUGCUGAGGAGGGGGAAACCAGUCCUGCCCCUGCUGGAACACCCAAGUUCACCCCGCAGGAUGAUGGAGGCAGCAACAACAUUCUAGCCUACGUGUCUGUUCUUGCUGCCGUGGUGCUGGGUCUGCUUAUUUAUGUGGCUUAUAAAUGCUGGAGAUCAUGUAAACAGAAAAGGGCUCUUUCUAAGGCCCGCGCAGCUGAGUUGGGAGCAUCUCCAGAGGGAGAAAAGCUCCAAAGUGACAGCGGUGUUUUUCUGGACUCUCACAGCCUACAAGACAACCAGCCCAGCAAAGGUACUAAGAGGGACAGCAAGCAGGACAAUCGUCUGUACAUCAACCUACCCCCCCACAGACAGGAAGAGGUGGAGCGCCUCCUGCAGGAGGGAGGGGGCCGGGGCUGGAGGCAGCUGGGUGCAGCGCUGGGCUAUGAGCCUGAACAGCUGGACCUGUUUGGGCGUGGAGAAGCCCCCGCUCACACGCUCCUCUCUAACUGGGCCCAGAAAGAAGGCUCCACUCUGGGACUGCUGUGUUCUGCACUGGCCCGCAUUGAGAGGCCUGACAUGGUAACAGCUCUUAACUGCCCCACGCAGGGUGUUUCUUUGGUCUGAUGUCUCCUCAAGCACACGUAUGACACUAACAGUGGAGAACUUUAACUGAAAUGACAAGGAAGGCACUCUGAUAUCAACACCUCUGACUGUUGGAGGCUGUCACUGAUGGUUCUGAUUACUUAUAAUUUAGUUUUAUAUUCGUGUAUCACUUUCUUCUGUCCCAGUUUAUGUCACCAUUUGAUUUUACAUGGAUCCAACUGCAAUGUGUCUGUUAUCACUACAGAGCAAAUUACCACUUUACCAGUGGAAAUGAAAACUUAUGAAUAAAUAUACAGUAUGUUGAAAACUCUCAUUGCCACUACUGAGGGAACAACAUUUUCAGUUAGCUGGCAUUGAAAACUGUAGAAAACUAGUUAUAUUAGAUUAGAACUACAAUGACCUCCACAAAAAGUACAAUGUUGUUUACAUGCACACACAUCCUGGUUACACAUCCUCGGUCAGUGGCAGGAAACACAAUAAUGUGUUUACAGUACACGUGUUGCAAGGGUGGGAUUAUUCUAUAAACCACAGUUUACAUGAUAUUUGGACAGUAAUCAGAUUUAUCCCCUGCCCCCUCUAAAAAAAUGUCAGCCCUCCACGUGCUGUUGUAAACAAAUACAGCUGUUUGUAGUCUAGCUAGCCUUGUUUUAUGAAUCACAACUUUAGCAACCUCUUUGGUAUUGCAGUUGAUUUUUUUCCCAGAAGGAGACGGUUUCUUCCAGCAACACUGCUUUCUAACAUGAUGCGACUUUCCCCAUUUGGAAACAUUUCCAUGCACAUGUACAUGCCCAAAAAGAGAAGAAAACCCAUUGAAGGGUUUACAUGGCCAAGUGAUCCACCUUCCCGAUGAUGCUUGCAGUUGCUAAGAAGACUUUAUCUAAUGUGUAGAUGGGAACUGCGCACUCAUAUUUUUUACGUCUGUUGCCUUGUUCUGUUGUUUUUUUUCUACUUCUUUUUCUGCUGCAGGCUCAAUAUAGCCUUGGUAUUUAUUCACACUGAGGGUUUAUAUUAUGCACAUGCAUGCAUUCAAAUCUCAUCAGAAAACACAAACUUAAACAUUCUGUGAAAUAUAAAAAACACAUUUUUUAGCUCUUCCUAAUAAUCAUCUAUAAUUAGAAAUAUCUUAAAUAUUGAUUCAUUUUGACAAAUCACGGCUCAAAGUGAGAUUAUUUUUGAACUGUGAAGACUGAAGAAAAGGAAUAGAAAUGAUCUAUUCUCCUUGCAUUCAUAAUACACAGCUUCAUUUUUGUCACAUUGAUUUCUCACAUUAGACACAGAAAAAAAAUCCAAAGACACUGUUAACAUCAAUGCUUGUGUCCAGGUCGCCAUCUUGCUUUUGUAUUUAUUUCAUCACCAUUUCAAGUAUAAAACUAAAUAAAGUCUAUAAAAACCUUGGACAUGUGCAGUGUCCUAGUUACACUAUGUGAUGGACUCAGAUGGUUUGAUAUGUUUUAACGCCAGCCAUGUAUGGUUUUGUGUAUAUAUUUCCUAAUAGUAUGUCUCAAUGUGUUUUUGUAAGAGUUUUAUUGAUUUAAUAAAUAACUUUGAUAAGCCA